GCGGAGAAAUAAGGAGAAAAUAAUGAAUGUCAAAGGCAAAGUCAUUCUGUUGAUGCUGCUUGCCUCAACUGUGGUGGUUGUGUUUUGGGAACAUAUCAACAGCUCAGAAGUCUCUUUGCUGUGGAUAUAUCAUCAGAAAAAUCCAGAAGUUGGUAACAACAACAGUCAGAAGACGUGGUAUUUUCAGACCUUGUUUAACAAUUGGACCCCUGGUUAUCAAGAUAAGGAGGAAGAAAACAGAGGAAAAGAAGGAUGGGAGGAAAACAGCAGUAAGGAACUGUCACUGGACGACUGGUUUAAUCCAAAGGAACGCCCACGGGUAGUGACAGUGACCCCAUGGAAAGCACCAAUUGUAUGGGAAGGCACUUACAACAGAGCUAUCCUAGAAAAGUAUUAUGCCAGACAGAAAAUCACCGUGGGCUUGGUUGUUUUUGCUGUAGGGAGAUACAUUGAGCAUUACCUGGAAGAAUUCCUAACAUCUGCUAAUACAUACUUCAUGGCCGGCCACGAAGUCAUAUUUUACAUCAUGGUGGAUGACGUCUCCAGGUUGCCUUUAAUAGAGCUGGAUCCCUUGCGUUCCUCCAAAGUGUUUAAGGUCAAGGCCGAGAAGAGGUGGCAGGACAUCAGCAUGAUGCGCAUGAAGACCAUCGGGGAGCACAUUGCCGCGCACAUCCGGCAUGAGGUCGACUUCCUCUUCUGCAUGGAUGUCGACCAGGUGUUCCGAGAUCAUUUCGGUGUGGAAACCCUGGGCCAGACAGUGGUUCAGCUCCAGGCCUGGUGGUACGACACAGAUCCCGAUGAGUUUCCCUAUGAGAGGCGGCGAGAGUCAGCAGCAUACAUUCCGUUUGGACAGGGGGAUUUUUACUACCACGCAGCCGUUUUUGGAGGGACACCCAUUGAGGUUUUCAACCUCACCCAGGAGUGCUUCAAGGGAAUCCUCCUGGACAAGAAAAAUGGCAUAGAAGCUGAGUGGCAUGAUGAAAGCCACCUAAACAAGUAUUUCCUCCUCAAUAAACCCACUAAAAUCUUAUCUCCGGAAUUCUGCUGGGAUUAUCAUAUAGGCCUACCUUUUGAUAUUAACACUGUGAAGAUAUUUUGGCAGACAAAACAAUAUGAUUUGGUUAGAACUAAUAUAUGAUGUUGAAUCGUGCCAGUGGGUUUCUGAGUUUGAGAGGAUUAUUCUGGCUGAUUCCUCAGAAAAGUAACACUUCAUUUUAAUCUAAAAAAAUACUAACAAAACACCAAAGUGGCAAAUGCAUACUAUUUCUCCUUAUAACUCUGAGCCCUGUAAUAUGUGAGAAUGAAUCUACGGUUAUCAGAUGUAAAUUCCCAGUGAUUUCUUAUAUAUUCUGGGUUUGAGGGAAAUACUGUCAGCAGGACAAAAUCAAUUUGCCAAAGGCAAAGAAAAAUCCAGAACACACCACCCAGCGUGUCCGAUACUGUCCUGGAGAAUGGCAAUGUUUGGCAACAAGAUAUGGUGAGAGGAGGGGAAGUUCCCUUUGAUGUCAUUGU